UUGAUAAUAAAAAAUUAAAUGUACAAUUAUGUGAAUAAUUUGAUAACUCAAUAGAUUAAUAAUAACUGUGUAUACUGUUUUUGUCAUUUAUCUGUUUUGUUGUUUCUGUUACUGGGAAGUCCCGUCAGUAAAUUAUAUGCUUUAUGUAUGCAAAGGGCAGCAGUCUUUAUAUACCGUGAGACUCUUCCGUUUCUUUGUCAAUUUUUAUUUCUGCACGAGCCCCAACUUUUUUUUUGGUGAAGACACAUUUUAUGUUGCAAAAAAACAAAAUAGGAAAAGGAAUCAAUUCUAAAUCCCGAAAAGAUAAUUGUUUUAACAUGCGGAGAAAAAAAAAGAAACAAUGUUUAAAUCAAAAUUAUAGCGUCUCAAAGGAUUUACAAUAUAAAUCGAUAUUUUCCUGCAUAAUUCAAUGAAAACCAAAUGUUGACUAGGAGAGUUUUGAUGAACUUUCUUAUAUUUUAGCCAGUGUAUAUGUAAAAAAGUCAGUUUGUUUAGAUUGAUCUAAUAGUUUCACACAAUACUCUUAGCCUCAGCUAGAAAUAAUGUUAUAUGUUAGACACAUUCUUGUCCGAUUCCGUACUAUAACAGGUAUCAAGCAUGAUGAUGAGUUUUUCAACCUUUUCUACAGCUGUACAACCUGCAUAAUUUACAUACAUAAUUAAUUUUACAUAAAUUAAUCUUUAAAAAUUAUUAAAAAAGACCGAUGGUGCAGAUUAAGAACUCAAAUAUUGUAUACUUUUCAUAGUUCAGUAGUGUUUAUGCGAUGCGGCAACACCUUUUUACUUUUGUCACACUCAUGAUCGAUUAUUUCUCUAUUAAACGAUUAUCAAAAAAUGGUUAUCGAACCAAUCGAGCUGAAAGGUAGCGAAACUGAAUGAAGAUUGUUAAUUCUUCUAGAAAAACACAACUUUCCCCUUUGUGAUCAAGCAUGCUGAAUUUAAAGACGGAAAUGUAACAAAUUACUUACACUGUAUGCGGCUACUCAAUGGAAUACCCAUUGGACUGAUUGGAGUUAAAUUCACAUAAAAGUAAAAAUAAAGCAACGAACUCUAGGAAUAUUUAGACUACAUUGACAAAUUUUGGAAAUUUCCGUUCAGCUAGCUAAUAUGAAAAUUGCCGGUCACGUGAGGUGUAACGCGCCACAAAUUCCAAGUUGAUACCUUGACUGACCUUGAGAAUGACCAGGAAUUGUUAGACGAACUGGAAAUUGAAUUCGUUUGAAUUCAAGAGGAAAAUUAUAUAAAAAUAUAAAUUAAUUAUUAUUAUUAGUGGAAUUUUGGGAAUAAGGUCCUUGUACUUUCCAGCCUAAUUUACCAGAGGCCAGAUGAACUAAGUAUCCCUCUCCUGCUCUCGCACCAAAGAGUGAGCGAGAGAAAAGUUCGAGCUUGGCGCCAUCUACCGGUUCAAAAUAAACCCGCACCUCUCUCUUUCUCUCUCUCUCUGAAAUUUGCAGUUGAGUUUUUCUCUCCCUCUAAAAUUAGCCAAAGCUAGCUAUCUCUCGUUCUCGCGCUAAAGAGUUCGCUAGAAAAUCGAGCAGUUAGAAACUCACCAAUCGGUUGGUGAAUUUCGCGAAAUUCACCAGCUGGUGAAAAAACAAACGACUGCAAUUUUCGCUCACACUUUUCGCUCACACUUUUCAUCUUCGCUCACACUUUUCGAUUUCGCUCACUCUUUUCGAUUUCGCUCCUUUUUCAACUGUUGCACCUUUUUCAACUGUUGCACCUUUUUCUUAGUGCUAUCUUGAAAUCAACAGUGUGUGGUCUUUCGGUGUGGACAAAUCGUGUUCACAAUGAAUUUUAAAUAUAAAAUUACAAUAUGUGCGGUGUUCGAAAGCACUAGAUAAUCAAGACAAUCUUGAACAAGUGCUAACGAUCGUGUAGUGAAAGUGUAGAUAGAUAGUUUAUUUGUUCAUCCUAAGCAGUUGCUGGAGUAGCAAAGAGGCGUGUUGAUUGCGUGUGAUUAUUUGUUGAGUGUUAGACUCGUACCACAAUUUCUUCUAUCUGCUUUCAAAUUUAACCUAAAAACAGAUACCUUAUGUAACUGUCUUUUAUCUUUUUGUCAUAAGAUGGCCACGUAUCAUCGAUGCAAAUAAAAUUCCAUAUGCAUUCUGGACAUACCAUGAGGUGCGAACUAUGAGACAGAUGAAACAAACAUUUAUGAACAUAACUAUUAUUGUAUUCCAUGAUAUCAACAAUAACUCAUAGAAAACUGGCGUUGUUGCAUGAUUGCGAAUAUUCUGAUUCUAGGAAUGAAUUAUAAUUAUGCAAAUGAUAAUUAAAGCAACUUUUUUAAUUUUUUGUCGUGAAAUACGCAAAUGUCAAAAAUCGAACAAACAGUGAAUAAUCGUUCAACUUUUCGAAGUAUGUUUGGAACCAACGUAUCGGUAAUAACAAAAAUGAUAUCUUUUUUAAAACAAAAGAAAAAACUAAUUGCCUUAUUAAUGCAUUAAUGUUCCACGGGUUGAUUUCAUUGUCGGUGGUGGUAAUCAAUUGCGGGCGUGGCUACCGACGAACACAUGUUUUUUUUAAUAGAAUCAGCGAAAUUUCACAUCUAAAAACUCACACAAAGUAAUUUAUCAGGGAGGGAGGGAUAAAAUUGAACUUCUGUCAAUCAACAUUAUGGGACAUGUAUAAUUCUAUCGAGAUAACGUUUAGUAAUGUUAAUCUUGUAAAAGACCAUUAAGCGCAUUAUAUCGGGAUAUUUGGAUAUCAGGAAAUGUAAACGGGAAUACUAACGACAUGUGUUUUAUUAGCUUUGAAACCUGAAAUUUUGCUAAAACAAUGGUAAAAAUAAGUAAAGCUCCAACAAAUAGUUUAGCUAUUUUUUAACAUGAGAACGGGCCUCUGCCUUAAAUCCUAUUUGACCAACUUUUUAUGACCUGUGCGGAAAUUAAUCUGCCAGUUAUAAACAAUUUUGGAGUUUAUAAGAAAAUGCAUCAUAAAAUGUUUGCCAUUUCAGGCCGUAUCUAGAAUUGGGCAUACUUCACAUUUAACUUAUUUGCAUACGAUAUGUAUUUUCGUUAUCCUCUACUUAAGAUAAAUUCAAGUACUUUGAUUCUUAGGAAUUUUGGAAGUCAAGCGCUUCAUAUGCGCUUUAAUCAAUGAAGCAUUGAUUCAAUCUAUUCAAUAAAUUCAAUCAAUUCCAUCUUCAAUUGGAAUCAUUCAAAAUAAUUAGUCUAGGGUAAAUCAAAUGGAUAUUAUAUUAUAUUAAACUUCUAACGUAUCGUUGUCUGCCGUUUCACUGUCUUCAACUAAAAAAUAUGAUAUUUCGACACAGUUGCCGCUAACUGAAAUCCGCGAUUCUGAACCUUGUCGGUUAUAUAAGCAUUUAGAACAAAUUCACAUUUAAUGUGCAUGUUUUCUGGAUCGAUGUUUCACAUGGAAAGGGGAGUGUUUUGCCUAUUUUAUCAUUACCAGGAACAGCUGGAAAUCCACAUUGAACGAACUAGGUGCUAUUAAUAGCAUUAAACGUACAUGCGUACCUUCCGACCUUGUAAGUGCAUAGCUAGUGCACAGUGUAUAGUUUUAGCCAAUGCAUUCGUAUUCUCAAUAGCCUUUACGAAUGAGAAACAUUCAAGGGCAGAGUAAUGUUAAUCUGGACCAAAAGAGUUCGUUUCUGGGGUUUCUUUUAUGACAAGAUACAUGUAUUUUUGCCAAUAAUAUUCCGAACUACUACUACGAAUAAUAGGAUUUAACAAAGGAAACUAAAUUUGGCAUGUUUUGUAGUUGCUACUGCAACCUCCGAAACAAAUCUUAGAUAAAAAAAUCAAUGUUUUUUUAUCAGAUUAUUAGCUCUCUGAGUUUCUUUGGGAUUAUAAACAUACGGCUCGCCCGUUCUCAUGUUGUUAAAAAAGUAUGUUUAGGAAGGACGUUCAAAAUUAAAAUGUUCAAUUUUUGAGAAUUAGGCAUCAGUUUGUUUAAAAGAUCGUUCUAUUCAUAACUGCUAAUUCAUUUGUCUAUAAAUGAAAAAAUAUUAAAAGUAUUUUGUAAAGUAAAAGUAUUCAUAUCUUAAUCUAUAUCAGGAUCAUAAAAUAUGAGAAGGUGUAUGGUGUAAUUUUUGGGGAGAAAGUUACCCAUUGUUUCUAAAGUAGAUGGCUUUAGUGCUUGAUAUCUCGCCAAGUAAUCCAGAAAAAUCAUAUUUAUCCUCUUUGUAAAGAUCACAUUUCACACAAAAAAGUGUUGUUAAGUAAAAAUGUGUUUGUUAUUGAUACCAUUCAUCUGUGAGUUACAGCAUUUUACUUUCAACUACGAACAUUUAAAUUUUGCACUUUUGUGCGAUUUUUCGAUUAAUUUCACACUUCAUUUGUCAUUUGCUAAUUAUGUAUGGUUUUUCCGAUGACGAUAUUCUAUGAAAUAAAAUUUCUGAUUUUACGUUUCGACAUUUUUAAUGUUAAUGUUCAAUGUGUUGUAUCUCACGUAUUCAAGUCCAUUAUCACAAACAAAAAAAUUAAUUGGCGAUAAAAUCACAAAAAUACUGAGAGUUAACGGGAGUGUUAGCAGUCAUAGCAUUGUCCCGGAGCUAAAGAUGAACCAUCAACUUUUCAAAACUAUUUGCGCAAAGCUGAAUCAAAUAAUUCGUUCGAGGUUUUGAGGUUCCCAAAUCAACACCAAAGAACAUGAUGGAUCAAAUUUCCAUCUGCAAAAUCUUCACUAAAGAGCCAUUUCCGAAACGGAUAGUGAUUGGAGGUGAGGAAGGUGCUACCAUAUUAUGCCAAAAGAUCGUGCCCGCAGCGUGUUGUAAUGGUUCAUAUGGUGACCGAAUCAGAGAGGCUUCUACAGUGUAUUUGGAGGAUCAUUCUUAUAAUAAUUUAAUAGAGUUGUUUUCGUACAGUAAAACUUUUACUUUACCCCCAAACCUUUACGCCCAAACCCACUUACGUCAUAGAUGUUGAUGGGCGAAAUCCAAAGAGUUGUUGCGCCCAACUCAAAUUAGCCUCGCUCAAGGAGGUUCUUUAUUGUUUCCACAUAUACAAUAGAUUUUUUUUCUCUGUAACCCCCGAGCACCGUAUAUUUUGUGUCGUUAGUGCACUGUAAUAUGGGUACUACGAAGCUGAUAUGCAUAGUGCAUUAAAACACAGCGCUGAUUACAGGAUCAAAUGGUAAUUGGGUCGUUGUUCUUGCUUUUCCGCUGUAAGUAUCUUUAUUUUAUUCUAAUUGUAUAGCAUAGCAUAGCGAAAAAAGCUGCUAGGUGGGAUACGAUUCCUAGUUAGAGUGCUAUUAAUUUGUGAUUAACUAAUAAUGUUGACGAAAAAUGUUGAGUAUCGAUCCGAUAAUACUUUAAGAAUUAUAAGGUGUAAGUAUUAUAACGUUGAAACUGUAACUGCAGAUUGGAACAUACCUGGAACAAGUGGCGAGGAUUUAUAAUGUUCCAAAGUCGAUUCUGCAGAAAUAUUGCUUCUGGCGGAACAUUACAUAUUGAAUAAAACCCCUAAACUUGUAUUGGCUGUAUUGGACAUUGGCUAAACUUAAUGACAAAAGGAAUGUCUUUCCAGUUAGAUCAGGAGCAGCAAGGAAAUUUACGCCACCAUUUCUAUUUCACUUGCUUUUUGGGGAUUCAACAGGGUUAAAUUCGUUUGAUUCCGAUAUUGAUUUCGCGAUUUAAUGCUGCCAUUCCUAUCCUCACUAAUAGAUUACCGCACAUCAGUUAGCACAUAUCUUCGAUCAAAAGUUAAGCUCGAUUAUGUUUCUUAUCAUUAAUGUAUGUACAUAUAAUUAAUGUAUUAUUGCCAAUGGUAAAUGGAGUUCAAGUGAAAUUAUCGACAUUAUCGUCAUAAUCGCCAUUAUCAUCAUAAUCGCCAUUAUCGGCAAUCAACGAUUUUCCAAUGAGUAACAUUUUCGAAAAACUUAAGUUCUUCACAUGUUGGGAAUACAUAUUAUUAACAGAGUGUAGUGACUCAAAUGACGUUGGCCAUUCGACAAUUGCAAAUAGCAGCAUUCUCUAUAUUUUCAUUGAAUUGUAUACAUGCCUUCGAGAGCUUGCUUGCGUAGUCGAAAAUUAAACUCUUUGAGCAUUGUAUAAGAUACUAGCAUGACCCGCGUGCGUCGCUACGCUUAGAAGAUUAGGUUUUACUGAUAUGUUCUAUUUCUUUGAGUUUGUACUUUGUGUGUUAUGAUGGUUGUUAAUAUUUGCCGAUGUUUCAUCCUUGAUCAUGUAUGAUCGCCAACCAUGGUUUUGAGUGUAUUUUUGAAUUUCAUGGAUUGAUCAGCAAGGUUAAUUACUAAACUAUCAUUGGCAGUUGAUACUCGGCUGGAACGCUUCCCUUUUGCCUGCGAAGGAGUCGGAAGCAUUGCUGCGCACCGACUAUCGGAGACGGUUUGUUUCGUACGUAAUCCCGUCGCUUUUAAUUCCUCCUCGCUUUUGGGGGGCUAUCGAACUAAGGGUUUUUUUCGUGGGUGCUAGGCCCUCGGAAUGAGGUCUCUUCGCUUUUGGGAUACUUCUAGAGAACACACGUAAUGACUCAUUUUUCCAAUAACUGAGUUGAGCUUCUAACGUUACCGCCUGGAGUUUGGACUCCGCGCAACAGCACUUAUGAUAAUGCUUGCAAAUAAAUUAUAGAAUUCAACAUGAAUAUGAAUGUUUCGUGGUUUCAUCGAUACGGCCGGAUAUCGGUAUCUGACUCGACGAUUGAAAAUAUCUGGACUUUUCAUAUUGCACUUCAAUUAUCAUUGUUCUUUAGGGAAAGUGCGGAUUUUUUUACCUCCUACUAAAAGUGCAAUCGAGUACAUCCUGAGCUGUUAGUAAUGUGUGUGCACAUUUUAAAUUUUUAUGCAUAAUUUUUUUAUCUUUGAUGAAAUUUCGAAAAUUCGAAUUGUACAUAUUGCCCCAGUAUGCUUAAACCGGUUUUAGCUAGGCCUUCUAGGAUAAAAUUCUCAUCAAUUAAAUUAAUUCGCGCUGUCAACGCUCCCUGGCGCUCAGUAUUGCAACUACUGUUCGGUGAUUUAGUGAAUUUUCAAAAAAUCAUUAAAAAAUUACUGUUUGAGCUAGGGCUAUGAAAAUUUGAGAGUAUUAGUUUUUUUGUAUGAAAAAUCUAACAAAAAUAUCAAAUCAAAGGUUAACAGAAAGUUACGAAAAAUAAUUUUCCUAGUUUUUGAAUAACUUAAGUAAUGGGGAUGAAAUAUAAUUUACAUCCGAUUCUGAUACCUACAGAAGAUACACACAAAGUUUGGUUUGAAUCGGUUCAGCCGUUUCGGAGGAGUUUGGACACAAAAAAACGUGACACGAGAUUUUUAUAUAUAUAGAUUUUAGAUAGAUUUACCAGGUUAUUACCAUUAUAUUACGAAUGGAAACUGAAGGUGCUAACCAAUUGAUCCAUUUGGCCAAUUGAUAAAAAAGAUAAUACAAAUGACUGAAUAGAUUAUAUAUAUAUAUUGUUACAAAUCAUUCAGAAAAAGGAUAAUAGAUGGUGGCGCAUGAAUGUUGAUCUUUUCUGCACUGAUAUAAUUAAUUUAUGAAUUAAACCAGUGAACAUGACAUCGCUCAAGUUGUUCUUCCACGAAGUAUAUUUAAAAAAAAUCAUACUGUGCAAUUUGCUAUCGGGAUUCGGGAGUUCCGCCAAUAUGCAGUGGCAAAAAUGGCGAACUCGCAUGGCAAACAGGUCCGUUUCAUAGGCUGACACGCUUUGACAUUGCAGGUGAGAAACAGGAAGACAAUCGAUCCAGCUCCUUCUUUCCGAAUGUUACAGAUUGUCUUACAUUACGGCUUUGUCCGGAAAGAUUCGAAAUUUUUUACCGAAACAUUUUAGUGGUUUUUUUUUUAAGCUAACACGUUUACAAUUUUUUAUCACACUUUUAAGAAUGUAUUACGAAUGGAAAAUACAUCUGGCGUUGCCCGAUUGAUUAUUACCAUCUUCAACAAUGAUCGAAAGAUGAUACAAAUUACUGACACUAUUGAUUUCUGAUAAAAUUUGUAAUCAGCCAAUUUUCAACCAUCCUGAACCAUAGACUAAUUUUUUUUUUCAAGCUCUAAUUUUCAUUUUAUUUUUCAUGUCAGUCAUGUACAAAUCAUAGUAGCCAAUGGUUUUUUGGUUGGCAGGGUGGCAGAAAUCAGAAUGGACCCCUUUUCUCAGGCAGGUUCUAGCCUACAGCACUCCGCGGCCCGAAAAACCUCUGUAUAUAAAGUUUCGUUGCAAAAGAAAUAAAAAAUAAAUAAAUAAAAAAUAAAAAAUAUAUAUUAAAAAUAUAUAUUAAAUAUAUAUAUUGGGUGAUCCAAAAAGUCUUUUCGUAUUCCUGAUCAAACUUCAAAUGAAUUUUUACAUUAUUUCUAAAUAACUUUAUUCUAUCUUAUCUUUGCGUUAUCUUAUCUUUAAUUACUUAUCUUUUGCCAUUUUCGGCUGAAUUUCGGGAGCGUUACUCCAUCAAGGAAUCAAGGGAAACAAAACAAGGGGUUUUCCGAUGGUGCAAAGUCAGGGAUAUAUGGUGGAUGCAUCAAAACUUCCCUACCAAGUUCUCCAAGUGCUUGGUGAGUUAUCAAAGAUGUGUGCGGCUUAGCGUUGUCCUGAUGCAAGACGAUGCCCUCUCUGUUGAUCAGUUCUGGCCGUUUUCCCUCAAUUGCUUGCUUCAAUCUCAUCAGUUGUUGACAGUAAAUAGUAGAUGUAAUCGAUUGGCCAGACUUGAGUAGCUCAUAAUGGUUGAUUCCGUUCCAAUCCCACCAAACACACAGCAUAACCUUUUUCGGCGUCAAUCUUGGCUUUGGGGCCGUUUGUUUAGCUUUACCUUUUUUUGCACAUGUUCUUUUUCACACAUUAUUAUCGUAUUUGAUCCACUUUUCGACUCGUGCUAUCAUUUGCUUCGUGGAUGGAUCGAUUUCAUUUCGUUUCAAUAAACAAUCGCAGAUGUUUAUUGGAACCAAUAAAAUAUUCACAGAUAAUUCAUGUGGUAUCCAUACAUCGAGCUUCUUUUUGUAGCCAGCCAUUUUUAAAUGGUCCAAAGCCGGUUGAUGAUGAAUAUUUAGUUCCUUGUCUAUGUCAUGGCUGCUUAUGUAACGGUCCUGGACAAUCUUUUCUAAAAUUCCAUUAAUUUUUACAACGAUAGGUCGACCAGAGCAGAGUGCAUCUUUCACAUCGAAAUUUCCAGAACGGAGGCGAGUGAGCCAUUGUUGUGCUAUACGAACUGACAGAGCAUCGUCCCCGUAAACAUAAAACAAUGAUUGAUGGCUUGUGUGGUAUUCUUCCCUUUUUAUAAAAGAAUUUCAAAAUGUAGCGAAUUUCUUCAUUAUUUUCAUACGUUUUUGAAUAGCUAUAACUUUUUCCAAUUUCUCCAAAUUUAGUUUUGUUUUAACUAAAUGACAUUUAAAUUGUCACCCAAAACGCCCCCGUAUUAUAUCAGAUAAUGUGAAAAACAGCGGUAGAGGUAGACGACGUCAAAGACAGCUACUGCUAAAAUACGAAAAGACUUUUUCGACCACACAAUAUAUAUUUAUUUUUUUAAUUUUUUUUUGUGUGUGCUUAAGUUCACUCAAGUCAAGGAACACAAACUUCUUCAAAUGAAUUAAGGAUUGAAAGAAUUUGAAAGCAUUUAAAGGUUUAAUAGUUUGUAGUGUAGUACAUCGCAUCGAAAUAGUUUUAUGAACAUAUAUAACAACAUUACAGCAGUACUUAGCAAAGUCUAUCGAUUAUCGGAUGAAAAAAAUGAAUCAGCUAUACAAAGUGGCCGCUUAAACGAAUUGUGUAAAGUGUUAAAUUGAAAUUCUAAACUAGAAUUAUCUAUUGCGGUUUUUUGUUCAAUUAUUGUUACUAGGAAUAGAAAUCUAUAUCUAUAUAUAUGCAAAUGAAAGUUGCGUACUUUCGAACGCCCAUAACUUGAGAACGGAUGGGCCGAUUUCGCUCAUUUUUGGCGCUAUGAAUUCGCCUUGGUCUGUUUCAUGUUUUUACGAUGAGAAUUAUCUGUAGUUUUAUGGCAAAUUGAAUCUCUUUUUUGCAGUGGCUUUCCACUUCAUAGCCUACUUGAUUUUAUAUUAUUUCAAAACAUUGGAUGACAAAAAUUCAGCUCUAAUGCAUAUUUCGAUGAAUUUUAUAUUCUUACUCUCCUCUAAUUACUCUAAUUUGAUCAUCAUCGCCUACUGUGGUACUUUUAUUUUCUAUACCCAUCAGACCAAAGAACGCUUGGUUUGUGCAAACCAAGGAUGGAUUGGUUAAUUCGCGAUUUUGUCUUACCACGGAGAUUUAUCAAGGGGUUUAACUACGUUUAGUAAAUCCAGAACUAUUUGUGAUGAAAUGGAAAUGGUUUGAUUUUAAUUGACUCAUUUCAUAGUCAGAAGAAAUAAAUACUUCCAUCCACAAUAUCAAACAGAACAUAUGCAUUAACAAAACUAGAACAAAUUUGAAUGGCGAUAAGAAAAAAACUAAGACAGAUAAUUAUGUUCUGUAAACUACAUAUGGAUCAGAUUACUUGCAAAAAAAAUUAAACCUCUAUCAGCCUCUAAACGAGAUGAGGCAAUUGCAACAAUAAAAAAGCACAGCAAGAACUAGAAAACAUGUGCACACAUAUGUUUACGAUCUUCCAUAUGUAAUUUACAGAACUCAAUUAUCUGUCUUUUUUUUUCUGCCAUUCAAAUGUUGCCUAUUUUUUUAAUGCAUACCUUAGGAUUGCGCAGUCGAAAUUCAAGGAGGCUUUAAGAGAUGAGUAGCAGAACGAAGUUUGCGGGGUCAACUAGUAAUUAAAUAAACUAGCAUCUCUACCGCAAUAGAAUUUUCAUUUUAGUCAAAAUUGACGUAAUUUGUCAACGCCAUGUGCCUUCUUAUAGAGAAUUAAUCAUGAAUUUUUAAAUUUUACAGCUCAACAUUGUCCAAAAUGAUUGAUGUAAUGAAAUUGAAAUAUGUAGCUUAAAUAAUAAAAAAACAAUCAAUUCACUAUCAGUGCCAUAUUAAACUACCAAUUAAUUAAAACAUCAAAUAUGUUCAUUCGACGAAAGAUUUACUUUUCCAUAGCGUAUAUCCGUUCCAAAAAGUGAAUCCGCAUGGUGACAAUAAUCAUACCAAUAUACGUAGUUAUAGUCGUUUUUGUAACGUUACUGAUCAUACUUUAGAAGUGCGUAUUUGUAGCAUCAUUCUGCAAAUGAGGAAUCGGUUCAUUGGUGCCCUUGUCGUCUUCCAAUGCUGUUCUACAACGUGACUGGCUACAAAUGGGUUGCGCUAUCGUGCCGCCUAAACAAAGUUCUGAUACAGGCCCUACGUUAAAAAAUCCAAUUGGAGAGUAUUCAUAGAAUAAUUGGAAGUAGCGAAUGCCACAAUUUAUUUAAUUGUAAAUGUUGCAUUCACCCUGAUGCUUUGUUAAGAGGUUUUGCAACAGUGACCGCUGUGCUAUAGCAGAUAAACGAUACAGAUGGUGACGAUACAGACUCUAUGUUGAGUGCUGCGCAUAACAAAUAAAAGCUGCGCCUUACAAGCUACGCAUAGCAUCAACACAGAAAUAUUCGAGGGACCUCAACGCACUGUCCGUUGGCACCGUUACUUGGAUACAGCAGAGGCCAGCGAAUAUGGCUAAAGUUUCAGUCAGUCCGCAUCACAAUCCGAUGAUCAUUGAUAUGAUGGAGAUCAGUAAAAAACGUCCACCAAAACUGAAAUCUGGAGACAGAACCGUUUCAGUAAGGAUAGACAACUAUUCGCCUCGAAGUGGUGCAGAUAGCAAUGCUCAAGGCAGUGGCAGUGGACUACUAGAUAGCAGUCUAAUCUUACACCAGAGCCCAGUCGAACACCUUUCGCCAAUGCCAAGACAGAAACUUUCACCCGAUCCCAAAGUGUUUUUCCAUAACGAGGCCUCGCCGACUUCGUUGAAGGUAGAGGAUCCGUGGAGCAUCGCUAGAAAGCAAUUCCGUCGAUCCGAUACGUUGCACGUAUAUUCUCCUUCUAUGCAUCAGUUGCGAAAGGCUACUUCAUUUCAUUCUCGCAGCAAUAGCGGUGGCUCUAACUCUGAAGAAUUUGUUGCGACACCUAUCAUUCGGCAUAGCAGUGUUAGGCACACUCAUAUCUAUCCCCGAGAGUAUGUGGUUAAGCAGGAAAGCGGCGGUGAUAAUAGUAGCGGAAGGUUAGAAGAUGAAGAUGGAGAACAUACAACGGUCAAAUAUCAUCACUCGCCAGCAGGUAGCAGGCGUAACUGUCAUAUGCACCGUUCGUUCAACGAUCAGCAAAAAAGGAACACUGCCUUUCUGCGACGAGAUUCAGUUAAGUUUCAUUCUCUUGGUGAAGAUAUACCUACAGAAGUCGUCCAGCGUAGCCCAAGAGAAAGUAAAAAGUUUAGUUCAGCGAACGCAUCGCUGGAAAAUGAAAUUUAUCGGUCUCGCAGCAAUAGUAGAACGGAAAAGAAGGGAGAAUCUUUCUCGGAUUUUGUUAACCGUCAAAAUAGUAAGAAAUACAGUCAAAAAAACAGCACGACAAGUUUGGAUAAGGCAUUACCUUACGUUGCUGCCAGCGGGGGAGGAAGUUUCAGGCGAUCGCUUAUCCAGCACUCUCAGACACAUAUGCUCGGUCCAAGUUCGCCAUUGAUGGACGAAUUAAAGCAAUUGAAAUCCCCGAUUUUCGACCAGAAGAAAUCUUAUUCGUUACGCUACAAAAACGGACGACCGGAUGCCCGGGAGAAUUUUAAAGCAAAAAAAUCUAAAAGUUUCAUUGUCGAUUUAGAACCACCUCCAUCGGCGAUUAUCAGUGCGACAAACAGUCCAUACCGGAAAGCUAGCAUAGCACUCUCAGCUGAAGAAACUGGAAAAAUAUACAAAGCGUCACGCAAACUUUCAUCCAGUCUUAUGUUGGAUGAUCUCGGCCGGCCAGAUGUAUCUCCUAUACCGAUGGAUAUCAUGGACAUCAACUAUGGUGUUAUCAUGAAAACGUACCAGAUGAAUCGUCAAAAAUCAAUAAAUGCGUCUCGUCGUAAGAGUAGGCGAAAAUUAACCGACUCGCGUAAGAAGUUUGGUGGUAACAGCUUUGAAGAUGACACCGAGUCUUCAAAAAAAAGAAAACGCAUCCUAUGCAUCGUUGUAUCCAUUUUUUUGGCCUUAACUCUGUUAAGUGUGUUGGCAGUGCUUUUGACGUUCACGCAUACGAGUUCCAGCACUAGUAUAACGACUCCGACUAAAACACAGUAUACAUUUGCUCGUGAUACGCCAAUACACGCCAUUCCUACGUAUAUGGUCUCAAAGGAGUCACCAAAGCACUACAAUGGAGCUAAUUGAUGCGGUAAGUUUAAUCGCAAAAACCAACUUUACGAAUCGACAGACGUUAAAACCUGUCGCGGCGACGCAGAUAUGUUUAAAUUCAAACGAGCAAUAUGGUGUCAGAAACAGCAUUAUCAAUGAGGAUGCCAUUCGUCGCCGGCCAAUUCUAGUUCGCUCGAAUAGUAGGAUGAGUGAUAGUAACUAAUCUCCACAAUAUCUGACAAAGUGCCAAGGACGACCCUUAAGUAAUUAAACACUUACAUAUGAGGGCGCCCAAAUAAUUUUAUAAAUCAAUAACAAACAACCAUGGUGUCUGUCACCCGGCAAAGGGAGUGGAAAGCGAGGUUUCGAUAUAUCAAGGAAAAUAAGAAUUUAAUUUAAUUCAAAUGGUAAUAUUCAAAACCACAAUAUUGUCCACCCACGGCAGUGAAAUCGAACAUUCAGGGCAACAUACCAUAUGAAAUGUUCCUGCUAUAAAACGGGUUUGUUCGAUGAUUUUCUUAAAACUCGCACGUGAAAUGUCAAUAGUACGCAUUAAACUUAUUUAAAACAAGUAAAAUGGAAGCUAACAUAUAAUAAAUAAAAACCAAAAUUAAACAAAUCUAAAACUAACCUGUUAUAAACUGUAGCUUACAAGUGAUAAGCAAAUAAACUUAAACAAUCGUUGGUUAAACUAAAAGUGUGUAAAUAACAAAACAAACAAAAAAAAAUACUUUCAAUGAAAACAGAAAGAAAAAAACAAUUAACCCGAGUAAGUUAUUUAAACCCCGAGCAGAAGACCGUACAGAAAAACGAUGGAGUUAUGGAUCGUAAAAUAAUAUAUUUUAAUGAACUAUCGUUCUUUACGAAUAUAGAACGAAAAAUCCACCUAUGUAGAAGUGCUUAAUGUAUUUCAUUCAACUCUUUCACGUUUUAACUGAGGACUGACAACAGUAAACAAAACGAACGGAUCCGCACAAACUUCAGGCGGUACCUCUCAAAGUGCUGUAGGUAUUUGAUGAUAUUUAUAAUACAUCUAUUGAGAAUGGAAAAUCAAGAAUUUUGCCACAAUUGCCAUUUUGGUACUGGUAUUGUAGACCAUAGCUAACUGUAACCAUCGGUCGCUGUUAAUUGAUGAGAAAACGUAUAAAAUGUCACGCCCGCUUCAAAAUCAGUGGCCUUAUGAAACAUGUUAAACAAAUACAAUUGAGACUCGUGAAAUAUAGAAUUUGUAAUAUCGUUGGUAAGGGACAGCAGAUGCACAUCGUACAACCAUCGAACAUUAAUGAGAGCGUCUACUUCAUAUCGAAAAACGUUUAUGGCAAACGUUCAUUUAUUGUAUGGAAUCAAUUCAAAAAUCAAUUCAAAAGGUAAGCUCAUGAUAUAAAAAAUGGUUUAAAAGCAAAAAUUUUACUCUAUAACAGUGAACUGAGCUAGAAAUAUAAAUUAAAUGGCAGCAGCUUUAGGGUAUGGCGAGACAUGAACGAUAAAUAAUAGCUUAUCGAUGAACGAGAUUAGGCUUCCAAUUUUUAAUCAUGAUUUUAGUACUUCAUACUAUUUUAAACCAUAAUGGAAAUAUAUGCAUGCUACGUAUUGAUCUACUUCCUCGUAUGCAUCUUUUCUUCGGUGCAAAAUAUAUUUUAAAACAAUGUGUAGUUUAUACAAGUUAAGAGAAACGUUUUUACAUUAAUUUCGUAGUUUAAUUAACAAUCGACCAAUAUUUAAAAAAAAAUUCUUGUCAUAUUUCAGGUAAGGACUCUUUACUUUUGCGGCAUCUAUGAAACCUCAUUUAAUAAGUAUUAUUAAGGAACAAUUUAGCCUUAUUUGUUUAAAUUGUAUGAAGCUCCUUAAUUGCAAGGCAAACCAAGUCAUGCGUUACAUUUUACAAAUCUUUUCUCCCAUUAACCUUUUUAACUCAAUAUGCUCAGUCAAAAUAUUAUUGUUUUUAUCGACCCUAUAUCUUCCUAAUAUUACAUAUCAUUUCAGUAAGACAAGAAAAUGAGCGACUAAUGCGGGAAUCCCUCGAUAGAGCAAAGAUGAUCAAAAACUACACCGAGUACAAUCGUAUCAUUGGUGGUGAUGACAUUCCUUAACGAUUUAUGCCAUUCAAAGCCUAUCGUUCAUACGUAUUGCGACAUGCGACUAUUGGUUUUGUUUUUCUUACUGGAUGCGUCGUUUUUCGAAGCUUGGACUUUCAUCGAUAGCGAUUGACAUAUUUGGAGAUCAAAGACAACAAACAAACAAAGUAAACAAGUUUGAACUAUUGCAGUUUUCCCGUUGCUGAAAUAAAGCAAAUGAUAAAAAAAUCCAUUACCAACCUUAAGCAGUGAUUUAAUUUUUUAUAACUAUUAUCUAAAAACCAAUAUAAUACCAAUUGCUACGUUAAAGAACUAUUAUUUUUAAAGCUCUUUCUUACACAUUGUUAUUUAAAUAUAUAGUAUUAUUUAAAUGUCUUGUUCAUUAUUUAUAUGUAUCCUUAUCAUUAUUCAGUUAUAGUACUAUGGUGGAGAAAAUAUUAAUUUUAUUAUUUAAAUAUUACCGUUUUACCUUUAUUUGAUUUAUAUUUAUGUACAGUUUGAGGAUCAAGACAAAUGUAUGUAAUUUUUUUGCAAAAACUAUAUUAUAUGUGAAAAUGAUAAUGUUCAAUCAAAACGAGGUUGGGGUUUUUAAAUAUGUCGAAAAUCGCCGACGACACUGAUAAAAUAUGUUCAAACAAAUUGUUUUCGAUCACAGCACAGCUCAAGUGCUGAUACACAUAUAACACAUCAGAGACGAAUCAAACACUUUUGUUGAAUACAUAAUUGUUGAUAGGAUAUUAGAGAUCUUAGGUAAGUUGCAUGAUAAUUAACGAAUUAGGUACAUUGCGUCUUAAAGGCGCUGUAAAACAGUCGUGUUAUUAGCUAUCUCGUCAAAAAUGUAUCAAUAAGUUUAUCGGAAACAGUGUAUAACCGGUUAUGAACAUUAUUACCAAAAUUAUAGUUGAUGAGGCAUAUUACUUUAUGAUGAAGAAGGGUUUGAAUGAUUGGUGUUUUCUAUUCUAUUACUCUUCUAUUACUCUCAUGAUGUUGAUAAUUAAUGUGUUAGAACAUCUCAAACAACAUUUCCGAUUCAUUUUAAGCAUGUAAUAAUUAUUUAGGAAAAAACCAAAGAGAAAAUAGUUUAAGAUUGAAAAACAUAAUUAAAUAGGGUCUCGAAGUCUUUCACUAAAUCCUUUAUAAGAAACUAUAUGACCAGCCAAUUAUAAAUUAUAUUUAUUUUACAUAGUAUUCAAUGCUACCGAACAGAUCUGAAACUUUCGCUAUCGUGGAAUUAUAUGAUUAACAAACGAUCACAUCGUAUUCAUACAAAUAUAUAAAUGAAAGUAGCGUACGUCUUAUAACGGAGUUUUGUCAAGUGGUUUAAGUUUGUCGAUUAUUGUGGUUAGAACAAAAACUAAGUACUAAACAUAAAGAACUAUUUGUGAUCAAAUUUAAAUUAUUUGAUUUUGAUUUACUCAUUUCAUAGUCAGAAAAAAUGACUUAAAUCAGAAGAUCAAGUAUAGGAUUAGGCAGUCGAAAUUCAAGGAGGCUACAAUAGUCGAGUGGCAGAACGAAGUUGGCAGGGUCAACUAGUUUAAUAUAAACGGUUAAAAAUAAAUGGUGCUAAGUAAGCAAAUUUAUUCUUUAUAUUACUGUUGUGUAUCUUGUGGAAUUAUACAUCGCAAUCUAUUUUAACAAUAAUAGUUAAUAUUGUAUGUUUUUAAACACAUAUAAAAAUGGAUGAGACCUAUGAUCACAUUAUCAUUAUGUUGGCUAAACUUAUAUUCUCAUUUAUUAUUAAAACAAAUUAUUUUCCAAUGACUACUCAAUUAUCAAUAAAACCAAAGACGUUGGUCCUUUAUUAACCUCUUAGUUUAGUGAUUUCUAUCAAAUCUAAAAUGUUCUUGUUUUUUCUAGCCUUUUUUCUUAUUUUCCGUGCUGGCUACAUACUCCAAUUAUAAAAAUUAUUGUUCAUAUAAGUUAAAAUGCUUAUCAUUAAAUAUUUUCUUCAUAGCAUUCUACUUGCGAGCUUAAGCCAAAUUUGGUUUAAACUAAAGCAAGUUAACUUAAAUAUGAUAUACAUUUUAGGGAGAGCAUUAAAUGUAAAAAUCAGUGCGAUUAGUGUGCUUCCCAUUGCUUAGCAUUACCAUAAAAACAAUAAAGUCCGACUGAAAUGGGUUUGAGCUGUAGCUGUAACCAUUCAAAAUUAAACAAUAAAUUCAAAUAAACAGGGACAUAGACCGUAUAUGUUGUAGCUGCAGAUUAUAACUGAUCUUAAGAUAAGUUUUUGAACACUAUAGAUUGUGUUUAUUAAUCAAUGCCUCGAUGCUAAAAGUUAUUAUAAUAGUAUAAACAAAUGACAAACUACUUAGUUUUGCACAAAGAGCCAGCCAAGAGUUUUAAAUACAUUAAUUUCACUCAUCUUUCAAAAUGUAACUUGAACUAUUGAUAACAAUCUUAUUAUUGAUGGUUUUAUUGACUGCGAUCACUAAAAAACCCAUUCCCCAGUCAUUGAAAAACUACAGAAUACGCAAUGACGCGAAAGUUCAUUAUGGUGCGCCCGUAGACGGUUUAAAUUUGCAUGAUGUUUCAUAAUGCAACUUUAAGAAGUGUUUAUGUUUUGACAUAAAUAAGACUUAAACACAAGAUACGACUCGAAAAAAAAAUUAAACAACAUAAACCCUUGAAAACUAUAUUACAUUCUACCAUAAGUUAUUGUUGUAUCUCAAACAUAGGAGACGAAAUCUGUAAGCAAUUAUGCAGAAUACAGAACUAAAAUGUUAUAAAAUGCAUAAUUUUUAUUUUUCAUAAGUAAUUUUUCAUAUUUUGAAACCCCAUGAAAUCCCAAUUAUGAUAUAGUUUAUUUUUAAUAAAUUUUAAACUAACAUUCUCAUUAAAAUAAUUCUAUGCUGGUAUAGUAAACACUCUAAUGACAUAGGAAAAAAGGCAGAAACAAUCAUGCAGGCGGGCGUGAGUUUAACGAAAACAGGUUUAAUGAUUAGAUCAAUGUCUAGUAGAAAAACGUCUAUACGUUGUGAUAUGUUAUAAGCAUCAAAAUGAAUGAAAAUAAGUCACCCUAUUAGAAUUGAAAUAGAAUAAUACCCAUGAUAAGAUAGCCUGUCUCCAAUUAUUCUACGCGACCCAUUUUUCUAAAACAAACUCUAUGCUUUUAACUUAUAAAUGUAGUUGACAUUUCAGCUAAUUUAUUAUCAUUAAAUCAUGUCAUUAAAUAUUUUCUAGAAGUGUAUCACUACAAACUAUUAUUUGUGUAGAAGUUUUUUUUUAUUUCUUGUUAUUGGGAUUUGUAUUAGAGUAUAUUCAUUCAGCAAAUAUUCAUUAAUUUUAAUAAUUGCAUUUUUGGCAUUUGGAAAUAAUUUUUUUUAUAUUUGCUGUAGCGUUUAACAAUUAAAUCAAAAUCGCCUAAACAGCACGAUUAAAACAGUAUCUUGUUUGCUGAUUGUGUUCCUUCCGUACAGCAUAGUUAGUAAAGAUUGAAUUUUCAAUUAUUAACUCUACGUCACAGUAAAAACAAUGGUGUAAUCAAAUCAAAUCUGAGAAAUCAUACCUUGUUUAGACUGGGAUAUCAAAUCAAAUUGAAGGCGCGAAUCAGCUUAAUUGGUGAAAAAAUAAUCUGAAUUGAGGAUACAACAGUGAAACAAUACUAUCUCUAAACAAUAUAGUAGCAAUAUUAACAGAUUCAUCUUCAUAUAUGAAAUCAAAAAGAUCCCUAGCGCAACAACUUAAAGAGUAGCAAGGAAAAUCAUGUUGAUAUCCAAAUUAUCUUAAAGAAUAGAAAGCCCAAUCACUGGUAUGGAACAGAAAAACGGUUAAACAAUUCAAAAUACUGAAUAUUUUGAGAACUGUCGUGAUUCAUUGAUUAAGACGCUCGCAUCAAAAUUAUAAAAACAACAUUACAUCCUGAAGAAGAUUGAAUCCAGGAAUCAAACAUUUAUGAUCCAACAAUAAGUAUUGUAAAGCUGGGAUGGGAAAUGCUAAGCAACUAAAUGCUCAAAAUAAAAAAAAACAUAGAAUGAUUGUGACGAGUCUGGUUAAGAAAUAUGAAAAACAUAUAAAGCCA